UAGUGUGAAGUCAUUGCUUUGUGAAAUAGCCUACAUGGCCUCCUGGUGAAGAAAAACUCUGGAACAUUAGUUUAAUUUAACUUGAUAUUGUUGUAAGCAGCGCAAUUGAUCAAUUUUUGGAGGGACAGAAGAAAGUAAAAGCAAGAAGCAAAAAUGUUGGCUGGAUUAGUAAGAAAGCUAGCUAACUCUACAAUGGGAAGCUGUGCUUCAAACCCAACUGGGAAGAAGGGUGGGAAGAAUCACAAGAGGAAGAAUCACAAAAAUGGAAAGAGAAGAGGGAACAUGGCCACCGCCAUCCCCGUCGACAUGCCGCCAUUGAAGAGGCUUAGCAAUGCAGGAGUGGGAGCUGAUUUCACUCUUAGUGAUUACAUUCAAAUGGAGAUUGAUAAGGGUGGUGCCAAGAGAUCUGAUAAGAAGAUUCAUGUUACUCAGCUCCAAUAUCAUACUCAAAUCGAUGCCAACGGAAAAAUCCAAGAAGAGGCUUGGUUUGACUCAGUUAGUAUUCUUGAUCAUGAUUCGGAUUCAGAUGAUGACUUCAAUAGCGUGCUUGGAGAUUGUUUUCCCUUCACGGAUAAUGCUGUGGGAAGUGUACAAUAUGGUAGUACAUCCUGCAUUGUAGAUUCAGGGUCCAAAAUUGAGGAGUAUUAUCAAAGCUACCUCAAGAUAGAUAAGAACGGAGAGAAAGCUCAAGUUUUGUUUUCUUCUGUUAAAAGAAAAUCAGUUGAUGCAACUAACAAGACUGACUUAUGUCCAUCUGAGAAAUACCUUUACCGUCCCCAAGCAGGGCUUCUGAUUCAACAAUCAAAGCAAGAGAAUGCAUCUCCUGCUUCCUGGUGUGAAAUUUCGCCAUCCGUAUUUAAGCUCCGUGGCGAAAGCUUUUUCAAGGACAAGGCAAAGUGUUCUGCUCCAGCCUAUAGUCCUUAUAUACCAAUAGGUGUUGAUCUAUUUGCAAGUCCGGAGAAGAUAAAUCACAUUGCUAGGCAUCUUGAACUUCCGUCUUUCCAAGAAAAUGGAACCAUUCCUUCUCUUCUCAUUGUUAAUAUUCAGCUGCCAACUUAUCCUGCUAGCAUGUUUCUUGGUAAUGCUAAUGGGGAAGGCUUGAGCCUUGUACUAUACUUUAAAUUGUCGGAAAAUUUUGAAACAGAGAUCUCGCAACAGUUUCGCAAUAGCAUCAAGAGAUUGAUGGAUGAUGAGAUGGAGACAGUGAAAGGAUAUAGAAAGCAGAACACGGUUCCUUUCAGGGAAAGGCUAAAAAUUCUGGCUGGUGUAGUAAAUCCAGAAGACAUGAGUCUCAAUUCUGCUGAAAGGAAGCUUGUUAGUGCCUACAAUGGCAAGCCAGUGCUUUCACGCCCUCAACACGAAUUCUUUAGGGGACCUAACUACUUUGAGAUAGACCUGGAUAUACAUCGGUUUAGCUAUAUCUCUAGGAAAGGACUUGACUCACUCCGAGACCGUGUAAAGAAUGCAGUACUUGAUGUUGGCUUAACUAUUCAGGCACAAAAGGAAGAAGAACUUCCAGAGCAAGUUUUGUGCUGCUUAAGAUUGAACAAAAUUGAUUUUGUUAACCAUGGUCAAAUUCCGACCUUAGUUACUCUUGAUGGUUGAUUCAGGCAGGCAUCAGUUGAGAAUCUGUCGGGGAAUUAAGAGAAAUUGAUUGUUUGACUCAUAAUUUAAUAUAAUUUGGAGGGUGGCAUCUAUUUAAUUAACGGCAAAAAGAAGAAGGAAAAAAGAAAGAAAGAUGAAGAGAACUUUGAUCAUUUUGUUAUGUGCAGUUCUUUUGUUUUUUUCCUUUAGUUUUUCCCUUUUUUUUCCCUUCUUUCUAAUCAUUUACUAUUUGGUGAUGGUAUGGUACUAAAGUCCUGUGUUUGUUAUUAUUAAGCGUGCACCCCUUGUGACAUUGUACAUACCCCAAAUAAAUACACAGAAAUAAUAACAUUAUGUUGGGGAUGGUUAGAUGUGGACUUUGAAAGAUCACUUUGAGAGCUUCACCCCAAGGAAGUGGUGCUGUGAUUUUGACUUUUUAGUUUGUAGAAUCGGUUGUGUUUAUUUGUACAACUCAAAGUUGUUCGAUAAUUUUGAUCUUUAG